GGUUACGGCAGAGCUAAGCUAGCAGUUACUCCGCUCCUCUCGGGCUGUUGAUGUUGCUCCUCCGCUCUGUAGAGGUGCUUUUUCUCCGGCGGUUGGGUGAGUGACAGACUGACCUCCUGAUCAGACUUUCACCGUGAAUCCUCCGGGAUGUCUUUCCUGGAGAAACCGGCCCCCGGCAGGCUACUGCUGGACGACACCGUCCCUCUGACGGCGGUGAUCGAAGCCAGCCAGAACCUGCAGUCUCACACGGAGUACAUAAUCCGAGUCCAAAGGGGCGUGUCUUCAGAGAACAGCUGGCAGGUGAUCCGGCGUUACAGUGACUUUGACGUUCUCAACAGCAGUCUGAUGGUGUGCGGCAUCAGCCUCCCUCUCCCUCCAAAGAAGCUGAUCGGAAACAUGGACAGAGAGUUCAUAGCAGAGCGUCAGAGAGGACUGCAGACAUACCUGGACUCAAUUACCCAGCAUCCCUUGCUUUGCAGCUCCUUGUUUGUGAAGAAAUUCCUCGAUCCUAACAACUACUCUGCCAACUACACAGAGAUCGCCCUGCAGCAGGUCUCCAUGUACUUCAGGUCAGACCCAAAGUGGGAGGUCCUGGAGCCCCUUAAGGACAUGGGCUGGAGGAUUAGGAAGAAAUACUUUCUAAUCAAGAACAAAGAGCAGCCAAAGGAGAGAUAUCUGCUGAGCUGGGUGGACCUGGGUCCUGAUAAGUUCCUGUCAGACAAAGACCUUCAGUCAGCCAUGAAGCUGCUGACCAGCCUCUCUACUCUGUAUCUGUGUCCGCUGUUGUUCUCCAGCACCAGUGAGUCUUCAGCUCUGCUCAUCAGACCUUUCAGUGAGAGAGGCUCUCUGAGAGACCACAUAUGCAAGGUGAAGCCCAGAGAGAGUUACCUGAAGAAGUACUGUAACCCAAAGAAGAGUCAGGGCCUCGAACUGCAGCACAUCAAACUGUAUGGACGACAGAUCCUCGAGGCUCUGAAGCUCCUUCAUGACGGCGGUGUGUUUUUCGGUCACCUAAAUGCGUCAAACGUAAUCGUGGAUGAAGGCGUUUGUCGACUCACGGAUGUAGAGAACGGCAUGCUGGGAGUUCCCUCAGCGCUGCGGCCAGCCUUCACACAGCUCAGGAAGAUAAAUAACACGGAGAGCAUCGACGUUUUCUGUUUUGGACAUUUACUCUACGAGAUGACGUAUGGCCGACCACCUGACAGUGUCCCUGUAGAUCAGUUCCCUGAUGCCCCCUACACCACUGUGGUGUCUGUGCUGCAGUCCAUCCUGUCUCCAGAGGCCUGUAAGAGCAAGAUGCCGACAGUGUCAGAGCUCAUGCAGACGCCGUUGUUCAGUGAUGUUCUGCUGCAACAGUCAGAAAAAUCACAGAUCAAGAUUCCCAGCAGGCUAAAAGAAGCACUAAAGACAGCAAAGGAGAGUCUGGAGAAGAGACUACACGAGGAGCAGAGAGUGCUCCACCAGCACAGGAGGCUGACCCGAGCUCAGUCUCAUCACGGCUCAGAGGAGGAGAGGAAGAGGAGAAAGAUUCUAGCAAGGAAGAAAUCCAGACAGUCAGCGUAUGAAAAUGAAGAGGACGUGUCCGUUAGAAACAACAAUAACUCUGGUUCAGGAGCCAGCUCUCCUCCCACAUGUCCCUCAUCCCCUACACCACCAUCCACUACAGGAGGCCAGGCUGCUCCUCCUCCUCCUCCUCCUCCUCCCCCUCCUCCCAUGCUGAACUCCUCCUCUUGUCCUCCUCCUCCUCCUCUGUCCUUCUCUGACAGAGCAGGGGGAGGCCGCAGCGCUUUGCUGAGCUCCAUCCAGACUUUCAGUAAGGGCAAACUGAAGAAGGCCGAGACCACCGACCGCAGCAAACCCAUCAUCUGACCCUGACCCCUCUUUAAACCAUCACUACGGCAACAUGACUGAUAUACGCACUGGUUCUUCACUGUGGUCUGAACUGGGUCAGGUUAUCGCCUCUGGGAUGUGGAAGGAAUCACUAACAAAGAGGAAAUCCAAGUAACUUUUUGUUUUUUAUCAUUAUUUCUGCUUUUCCUGCUGUUAAACUUUAAAAUCUGUAGCUGUGGUUAGACAGAUUGCAGAACAGGAGAUGAGAAAUGGCUGCUGUGGUGUGCCAUUUUUAGACAAUCCUCCAGAUCCGAGGGUUUGCUUUCUUUGUCCUCUUUGUCACCAUGCGACAUCCACCAAACUCCAGAUAUUAAAGAACAGGGUUUUCUGGUUGACCUGCUGCUUUAGCUCCCAGCAAACUGGCCUCUUUUCUGCGCUUCUUGCUUAAAACCUUUGCUUUUGGACAGUAGGGAUUUGAUUUUUGGGAGCCACUGUGGACGCCUCAUCUUAGAUGAUGAGGUUUAAUUUCCUGGAUCUAAAACUCUUCAGGUCAGAGCUGUGACGCUGUCAUGGUACCAUGCUGAUCCUGAUCCUGGAGCAGCAGACAAACCGGACCAAACUCCAGCUUUCCUCCACCAGAAAUCAUCUCAGUGUCUUUGACAUGUAGCCUCCAGACUCUGCUGAGACUGUCACUGCAGGACGUCAGUGACGAAGAAAACGAGCUGUCGUCAAGCUGAUUCUGCCUACAAUUAAGUCCCUUCAAAUCAUUUUCUUAUAUCAAGUGCAGACUUUUAUAAAAACUCAGAAGAUUCUAGUCAUGUCUGCACACUGAGUCAAGGAAAAGAAAGCAGAUUUAUGCAUUUAAAGCACGAAAAGCAAUUUUAUCUUCAAAUAAAUAAAAGAAAUUAUGUUUAUUUAUUGGAAAUGAGUAAAGAAUUCUUACCUAAUAAUGGAUUUAUUUUCACUCGUUUUAAGAAACUGAGACAAAUGGAUCCGAUCAGAAAGAUGUUUUAGUGUCCACCUGAAACCCUAUUUAAGCUUGGAGUCACAUCUGCAUUUGUUUGGUUGAGAAUUAAGUUUGAUUAAUUUGGUGUUUUUCAUUCACCAGUUUGAGAUUUUUGCAGUGAGAUUACAAUAGUUGAACCAUUACAUGGAUCCUUUGCAGUUUCCCAUUUCACCAUAAAAACAGAGAUAUAUCAAGAUUAUGUUUGAGUUAGAGCGAGGUGUCCAAGUUUUGCUCUGUUCAUCUCUGUAAACAUCUGGCCUUCUGUCUAGUUGUUUUUAGGUAUGAAAGACCAAAUCUGCUGGAGUGAAAUGUUUGCACAAAGUAGAGCACAAAAUGAAGGCAGAGCUGCAUAAAACCCAGAAGUGUUAAUCUUGGUGCCCCCGAUCCCGUAUAUCCACAUAUUUGAUAUGCAUUUAUCGAUGAUUGUUAUGCCCUUUUUAUUUAAAUUUAGUAAACUUAUGUUAGAUUUUGUUGGAAAAUUGAUGGGAACUAAGCAAUCACAAACCAAGUCUGGAUAAUCAAAGUGGAAUUUACCCACCAUAAUGAGUCCAACAGAAAUAAAACUGCCACGUAUUGAAUUUAGGACCAUUAGCAGAUAAAACAUGCAGAAAUAUGGGCAGGAAGCAGCUGCUCUGUCCAGUAGAAGUAAUGUUUCUGGUUUGCUUAAUUUCAGACUUGCACUUUGGUUGCUCAGAUGUCUGCACUGUCACCGAUCAGAUCAGGAAUCUGCAACGAAAAGUUCAGCUCUAAGGACAUAUUGAGGUCUGAAAUGCACCAUUUUCUCCCCGAUAUUUUGGCUGGAGAAUUAAAAAACAUUACUGCCAAUAAUGACAGAUUAACCCUCUUUGCUUUGGUUUUAUUGAAUAUCCAAAAAUGUCCUGAUGCUUUUGUAUGCUCUAGCCUACAAACCUCAUCACUGCUCAUUUUUGUUUUGAAGAAUGCACCAGGUUUUCAUUUCUCUUCUUCUUAUGCGUCCACUCUUAAAAUUGACUUACAAAGACUUAAAAUUUGCUGCAGUGAGAACAUCUUUCAUAGUUAUUUAAAGAUAAGUGUAAUGAUAAUUGAUAAGAAAAAGCAUGAAGAUUUAUGAAUAGGAAAACUUCCCACAUCCCAAUCCCACACCCAAAACACCGAAUUUUAUGUCACUCAAAGUUUGACUCUUGACAGCUUGAUUUAUUCUAACAGGUGUUGAGUGUGUUGUUCUUUGCAUCAUUAAGGUAUGAGUUAAAACCUUGGUUCUCAACUGGUGGGCGGGCUGGGGCCCAAAGGGGGUUAGGGAAGCCAUUUUCAGUGGGUCCCAGGAUGACUAAAAAUUAAUACUGCAAUAUCAUCAAACACUCCUUACCAAUACAUGUGUCAAUACAGAUGUUACAGAAUCUAUAUGGCUGUAAAUGCUGUGACGACGAUGUUAAAAUAAAACCCUAUGGCACAGUCAAGAAAAAAGUCAACAGGUAGCAGUAGAUGUUAAACAGCAUGAUGCAGCACUGUCUCAUGCCUUACACUAAAACAAGUUAGAAGUUGUACUCACACCAUCAACAUGUAUCCUGGAUUUUAUCCACUGCCAGUACGCUAAAAGCUAAAAUACUGGAUUAUAUUAGGUUUCUUCAAACACUAAUUCCCAACACCGGGAAUUGAACAUGACCAUUAAAGCUGUGCAGUAAACAAGGUAAAACACUGCAGAAACACCAUUCUUCUUCGACACAGGACACCAGGCUAAUUAGCGGUUUGCAACAACAGCAAGGCUCACCGGGCUAAUCUGUGUCGUCCCAACUAGCAUUGAAUGACGAUGUAAAGUCAAAAUUUCCCAUAACUUCUUAACAGGAUCAAGAGAUCAUCAGCAACUUUAUGCUUUAUUUGUACAGCCAUAAGCCAAACAGUAGUGCUGGUAACCAAGGCUUAAGGUAGGUGCAUUAAAAUAGUGAGUAAUGCUGGUUAAUUCCUACUUGUCCAUUCAUCACAGAAACUGCAGUGCUUCAGAUUUAUUCAGAUGCAAAACAAAGUCAUUUUUACAAAUGCAAGUAGGCUUAUACUUAAGUGAAACCACAUUAUUUUAUGAAAAACAAAGGGAAGACAGACAACAGAGGUGGGCAUUUUAAGUUUAAAAACUCAAAUAUUACUAUGUCUGCAUUUAUAAAUAGUUUUGUUGAUCAUAAGUAGACCAUUUUAAUUUACUUGGCUCUCUGAGGAUGUGAACUUGCGUGUUUAAAACUCUAGGGUCCUUAAAACUAUACAUUUCCUGUUCAUCUCUUUAAUAAAGGACAGCUGCUGUAGAGAAUUCUAUCAAGGACCUAUUUAUUAAGAUGUGAUUAAGAUUAAGAUUUAUUAUCCCAAAUCAGCGACAGUAACGUGACUACUAUUGUAUAUUGAGGCUUUGAGAAAUACCCAUCCUUAGUCUCAGAUGUGUGUCUGGAAAAAUAUUUAGCAAAACAUCCAUGAUGUGCUUUUAUUUUGAAGAAUAUAAUUGAAAAAUGUAAGAAGUUCGGGUUACAUUUUUUUUUAUCAAGGAGGUGAUGAUUGGUUCUGAUACUAGACCAGUUAAGAACCACUGAUUUAUAACAGCAACCAGUGCAUAAUUGGUGAAUUAUUACAACCAUGUAAAUAAAAAUAAAUAAUUAGGGCUUCACAUUUUUAAUCACGAUGAAUCUCCAGAUAUCUGUUGUUAGUUGAGAUUAAUUGUAUCCUUAUUAACACAUUUUAAAGCUCCACUUUUUUGCAUCUAAAAUUAUUUUGUUAUUUGGGAUUUUUCUACUGUCUAAAAUCAAGGGUAACUUACUUCCUGUUUGGAUACAGACCUGCAAUUAAAAGUAGACUGAAGCAUAUAAUGUGAACUUAACCUCGGAAAAAGAACUUGAUAUGGAUUGGAAAGACAAUAAAGGAACAAUAUAAAGUUAGAUCUUUGAUAAUACAAGGCUCAGAUGGCUUUUAACUUGUCCACUGAGCUGUCUGUGAGUUUUUAAAGGUAAAUGAGACACUAAGGAGCAGAGGGGGACUUAUUUUACAUCACUGUGGCUGCAGGAAGGCACUGAUGUGGAUUUACCCAAGUGUGCUAACGGACGAUAAAGCAUGAAAUUAAUCACAAUUAAAAAUUAAAUGAGUGCACUAGUAGUGGAUUGUAGUUAGUCGUGAUUAAUCUUGACAGCCCUAUGAAUAAUUUUAGCAAAAGGAUGGAUCUCACUGCAGCAAGUUUUACACAAUUUUAAGAACAACCUGAGGGCCUACAAGGCCAGCAAAGAAGCAAACAUAAUAUUCAGGUUCUCAGAGCUUUGAUUUGUUUUCUUUACAAGACCUGAGUCAAAUCUGUAGACAUAAACACACCUAACAGCAGUCAUAGCGCUGACUAUUAGAGUUCCCUCCACUUGCCAUUGAGAGUUAAUUUUUGCCCCAUGUUAUGUUGUAUUUUUCCUCUGUUUAAUUUUAUUGUGCCAUAUGCAUCCUUGUGCCUGGAAUGAAAAGCUGAAUGUUAUGGGUUCUGUCUUUGUCAAAGUAUUAUUUGUGAUCAGAUGUUUGGUGUUGAAAAGGAGCCGUCUCAAUGGGAUAUUAACUCUUUAACACACAGGAUGCAGCAAACAAUGCAAAAAAAUUAAAACAGCCAAAGCUUAAAAAACUAUCCUAAUUCUACAUGACAAGUGAGGAUGAGGAAAAUGAAUCAGAAAAAAAUUGCAAACUCCCGCCCACUGUCUGAAUCACAUAAAAACUAAAUGUUGUUUAGUGUGCAGGAGUUUAACUGCAGUUUCUUAUCAUUGAACAAAACAAUUUACUCACUAGUGAGUGUCUAGGACAUCUAUUUUUGUGCCUUUGGUAUCAAAACCAGUAUUGAUAUGGUUUGAUGUUUACUCGUAUCAAAUGUGAGGACCUAAUCAGACCAGCCUCCCUUAACCCUAUGAUCAGCUCCCUCUUAUUUUGUGGAGAAAACUGCACAUGUAGCACAAACAUCCUGUGUGUUAAAGUGUUACUUUCCUGUCAGCCGAGCUGCUGCUCAGACUCUUUUGGGAUUUUUGACAUCCGGUAACUCUUUCUUCCUGAUGAUUCUGAUCACUUCAGUCUGAGUUUUACCCCUUUAGAAUGAUUGUUUUUAUCAGCUGCUUCAUGCUUAAACUAUAUGUUUUUUAUUAUUCAGUGCAAUCCGGUCCAGUGCGAUGGUCUUCACACCUUGAAUGGUCAUUGAAUUGUUUCUGAAUGUUUCUCUGCAGCACUUUACCAAGGAGGGGUGGAAGCCAAGUCCAGAGGUGUUUAUGUUUGUGUGGAAAUAAAUUCAUUGGGAUGAUGCUGGAUUACAUGUUCAUUAAGUAUGAAAACCACUCUGUUAUCUCCAGGCCAUUUACAUUUAUAUCAUACAAGAUGCAUAGAAUAUUUUAUUCCAGGUUUGUGUUUUUAGAAAAUAUUUCCUCUACAUUAAACUCAUCAUUAAAUGCAGCAACAAAGGACUCUCCUCAUUAUAGAUAUUAAAAUGAAAACAUCUACCAACCCUGCUGUGAUGACAUGAAAACUGUAUCAGCUGAAUGAACGUUUGAUUAAAAGUGGU